CAGAAUGUAAACAGUUCAAUAUUAAAGUGUAAAGACACUGAAAUCCAACAGGACACAGCAAGAAACACAGUGUGUAAGGAUGCCUUCAAGUGAAGGGAAGAUGGACAUGGAGCGUCUGGGCAUCUUUAAAGAGAUGACUUACAUUUCUAUAGGAGACAAGUACACGUCACUCACCGACCGUCCGUUCAAUGUGUCGGCUCACCGCGGCCGGCAGAUGCAGGCGGGGACAACGAGACAGUGGUGUGCUCUGCAGAGCGGUUUCUUUGACAAGUCCUACAGACGCGUGUUUGAGCGCGAGGCCCUAACUGAGCCGCUGAGACUCGCACGACUGCACCGAGUCCAGCAGGCCAAGAGGAACCUGGGCAAGGCCUUCGUCCCCUGUCACGGCAUCAAGAGGCCCUGUGGUUCCGGGAGUUUCUAUGGGACGUUAUCCGGACCCGUUGAAUCCCUGAGUCCGCUGACAGUCGGCCAGAAAUUCCGUCGCUCACCUGGACGCAACAUCCUCACCUCACCUCCAAAGAAAGGCAGUGGAUACAGCUAUCCCAAUGUAACGCUGUCUGACAUGGAGCUGUACGCCUCUGAGCCCUACGACCGUCCCAAAGACGUGCUGAAGAGGGAGGCGGCCAUCCAUCGCUCCAAGUUCAGAGACGGUCCCUUCAAGCUCAACCUUCACCCCAGAGCUUUUUUCCAAGCCAAUCCGUACCACGGCAACAAGCCUCUGUCUGCACCACACAAGCCCCGCCCACCUGCACAGAAAGCGCCCCCUGUUCCCUUCAAGCCCUCGUCCCCCAGCAAACGGCCUGGAGGAAUGAAGGCGGGGACGUUUGACACUUACCCCUCCCACUCUGCUGAGCCGUUCAUCGCUCGCCGCUCCAAAACCACCAAUCAGGAGCCAGUGUUUCACCCCCCGCCUGGUCCUAAGAGCACACCUGUGAAGAGCAUCAUCACUGUCAAUGUUAACAGGAGCGUGCACUCUGCAAACUACACUUCAACCAUCCCGGCUGUGAUGACACUGUGACUACGCCGACACUAGCAGUGUACUGUAUGUGUUACUGUGUAUCCACUGUCAUAAAAGUCCUUCUCUCAUGCUGCAAAAUCAUGUCUCCUUAUAUUUACACUGUUGAAGACCCAGUGACCUGAAUGACAGACGUAUCUAUUGUCGUAUUCAGACCUCCUUGUUUAUAAUGAUAAUGUUCAUAUGUCGUAACAACUAAGAGCUCAAAGGAAGUUUCGUACAGAUAUUUAUAUAAAACAUUUCACUCACAGUUGCUGUCGACAUAUUCAUGCGUUGUUCACAGUUCACAAAUGCAUUCUUUAGAGGACAGCAAACUUUUAAAUAAAUAGAAUAGAUGAUACUUUAUUGAUCUCGAGGGAAAUUCAAAAGGGAAAAGUGAAAAU